CUUCCUGCUCACUGCAGCCACCUUGAGGCCUCCGCACAGAGCGCCAGCGUUCCCGCAGGGCGGAGCAGCCCGCUGCCGUGAAGGCGGAGCGCGGCCUGUGAGCGCCGGAACUGGGAGGUGAGAGCGGCGGGCCGUGCGGCCCGGUCCUGCGCUUAGGCAGCUGCGGCCCGCGCUCCGGUUCCCGCGCUCCGGUUCCCGCGCUCCCUGUGGUAAGCUGUUACCGUGCCGAUGUUCGGCCUGCGCUCGCUCCCGCGGGCCCGCAGCCUCCCUGUGAGGAUCCCCGCCCUUCUGGAGCCGCAGGCCCGCCUUUACCCCGCUCGCUGUGUGGAAAUCUGCGUGUAUGCCUGAAACUCCUGUCCCAGCAGAGCUUAAGCAAAUGAAUGAAUGUGGAAGACCCUUCUCUCUAAGGAAAAGCCUCUGAUGCACAGGGAGAUAUGUUGUAUUUCACCUUCGUGUGGAGCUAAGCUGUACUAGAAUCAACUUUUGAAGGAUGCGCAAAUAGCAAAAAAUGGACUAAUUUGAAAGUUAAUUCAGUAACUGUGAUAACAUCCACCAAGCAUGACCCUAGCUUGUAACUAUGAGAAAAUAAAUCCUGAAAGACUUUCUUUACCUCUUUUUCCCAUGUUUCUAUCUCCCUGCUAUAUGCCAAUGUACUUGCUGCAGUUCACAGGAAACUGCAGUAGGAAUCCUUGUUUCACAGGGACUUCUGUUAAGACUUGCAUCUUCCCCUGUACUGCUGUUAAUUUGUCUCAUUCCUGAGCUUCAAGUCAAUAUGUCAAAGAAAUCGGAGGCUCCCCUUUCCUUAGAUGACUGCCUCUGCCAGAUCUGCAUGGAGAUCUUUGUGGAGCCCGUGACGCUGCCGUGCAACCAUACCAUCUGUAAUUCUUGUUUCCAGCUGACAGUUGAAAAUGCAAGUCUUUGCUGCCCCUUUUGUCGGCGUCGAGUCUCUUCUUGGGCACGAUAUAAUGCCCGCAGGAAUACUCUCAUCAACUGGGAACUCUGGGAGAAGAUUCAGAAGAAAUAUCCGAAGGAAUGUGAGCGGAGAAUUAACGGACAGGAUUUGGAAGAGGAAAUCUUUGUCCCCCAUCCACAACACCAGCUGAGCAAACCUGGGGAACUGAGACAGGAAUAUGAAGCAGAGGUUAGCAAGGUGGAGGCAGAAAGGCGAGCACAUGAGCAAGAAGAGAACAAAGCAAGUGAGGAAUACAUUCAAAAGCUGCUAGCAGAAGAAGAGGAAGAGCACAGAUUGGCAGAAGAAAGACGAAAGGAGAUGGAGAAACAGCUUAAACAAGAUGAGGAGUUGGCAUGGCAGCUCAGUAACAGCUUGAAUGACAGUUUGGGAGAACACGUGCUAAGCAGUUCUUCACAAGGAGACAGCCUCUCACGUGAAUCACUCCCAGCUAAUUUGUGCAAGAUGAAGAACAAACCAAGCAACUCUGGAGACAUCCAGAAGUACCUGACUCCAAAGCAUCGUCACACAUCGCGAUCAGCUUCAUUCUCCAGAGCAACAGAGGGAGGCGGGACUAACCCUGGAUUUGUGAUCAGUAACAAUGAAGGCAGCAGUGCUGAGGGGCAAGAUGAGCAAGAGGAAAUGCCAACGCUGUCUCCACAGCUGAGUGGUGUGACCAAAUGUUCCAGUGCCGAGGAUUUGUUUAUGCAGACGUACAUUAACUUCCUAAAUGCCUCAGCUUCAGAGACCACAACUGUCAAGCAAAAAAAUACACAUGAACCAAACUGUCUCAGAGAUGAACUUCUACAUACAACUUGUGGAAUUGCAGAAGAAGGGGCUAGAACAGUUCUUCCCACAUCCAAAGGAGAAGAUGGAAUAGUGUUGGACAGUGACAGUUUAACUCAUGUAGAUAGCAUAAACCUUGAAAACUGUGCUGAAACUAGUACUUGUAUUCAGUUAGCAAUAAAAUCCAUGUCUGACAGCAAAAGUGUAAAAGGUGAUCUCCUGAAGACGGCUGGAAAUGCAGAUGAAAAGAAACCAGAGAGUUUGCCAAACACUAAGGAGGCUCCCAAAAGAAAGUCUCCAGAACAACUGGCUGAAGCAGUGGUUGACUUGGGUGUGGUUGACAAGAGGAGAAGAACUUUUCCAGGAACUUUGGAGGAGGAAGCGGAGUGGAAAAGUGACUUUAAUUUGCAAAUGCAGAAAGCCUUUGAGCAGGAGCUCCAUGAAAGACAUAUGCAAGAAGAGCAGGAUAGGCUUCUGGCUCUGCAGCUGCAAAGACAGUUCAACAAAGAGGAGAGGUUACUUAACCGACAAAAAGGAUCUCCAGAUGAGUAUCUUCUUCGUACUAAAACACCUCAAUCUGUGAAAGACUCUUCUAGAAAAGGAAGCUCUAAGAUGGCAAAGGAUUCAAAAGUAUCGAAAAAACAGAGUGAAACAAAUCACUACAAGGGUCGGAAAGGUUCUUGCAAUGAAAACUGGCAGUCUCCUACCAGAGUCCGAAUGAAAUCACCCAGCAGUGGAAAAGUCUUGAAUUGUGUUGUUAACACCAGUGAUUCAAAUGAUGUUCAUUCACUGCCUAAGAGAAAACAAAAGACAAUCCUUCAGAUGCUUAAAAGCCCUGUUACUGAGUAGAACAGCAGAACCACAAACACGUGGUUAAAUUAAUUGGAAUUAAAACCAUGGUAUCCCUGUGUCAGGCAAAGCUUCUCUUAAACAGUUAGAAAAUUGAUGGUUUUGAGGGUUGGGCUUUGGGCUGCAAGAGUGACCAAAACUGUCUAUUAAAAUGUACUGUGAAUGUUUUUGAGAAGUUUAAAUAACUUAGGCCUCUAGACCUUAACAUUUUUAAUUAGUCCUCUCUUAACUAUGGCUUCUUUUCUAGGACUUGCAUUUUCAAGCUGUUUUUUUUUUAUGCUGGAAUGUAAAUACUGUUAUUGUUUGAAAUUCAAAGUAACUGAUGGUCUUAGAAUGAGAGUUCAGAGCCUUUUGUGGGGACUGCACGUUCCCCAGAGGAAGCAAAGAUGUGCGUCUGUAUCUCUGGUUGUCUGCUAACUGUGAGACUGAGGCUUUAGAAGGCACAGGCACUGUUGAAGGAUGUUACUGGAAUUUGGUUUAUUUGUUGAAUUGCAUUGUUUGCUUGGCAGUUAAACGAAUUGUAACCAGAUAAGCCAGUCUUGCAAAGAUAUUUUCCCUCUCUCUUAUCCUCUCACAGAGUAACACCUUUCUUAGGCAAAGGGGAAAAAAAGGAUCACUCAAAGGCAAGGAUCUCUCAUAGAUGCCAAUGACAGAAGUGGUUGUGGGCUCGCAUUUACUUCUGUUCAUUUUGUUUUCUUGUUGUUAGCAGCCUGUAACUUACACAACCUUGCCUGGAUUUACUGCUAUUUAACUUCCAUGUGCUCAAACUGACUUGAGGCUGAUUAUAAGUACCCAAUAUUCAAAAAUGAUUAGUCCAGGACACAGUUAUGAUGGAGAAAGUAAAACCAAACGGGGGAGAAGCAACUAGAGUUACCAGUAUUGACUUAAUUUAACUUUCAGCUGGAGUUCAACUACUAUGCCUGGCUGUAACUGUUGCUCCAUUAUUAUUAUUUUCUGAAGGACUAGAAAAUACUGUCUUCCAGUUGAGUUUGAUGGUAAAAUAAUUAAAAAGAAUUAGUUUAGACAUUCUGUGAAGCUGACAGUUCUGCCAAGUUGAGGCCUUUGGAACAGUUUGCUAGCUGUUAGUCAGCAGGUAGCGUUCCUGUUACAUAGUUUUCUAUUUUGCUGUUGUGAAGCCCGUCUUUUGGCUUUUCUUUGAAUGUAAUGAUAUAUUUCUGAAGUAUACAUUUUUGAAUGAGAGCAAAACACCAACUUACACUGCUGACCUGUGCGUGCUCCUUGCUGAAUAGCAAAUGUUCAAAAAAGUACACGCUUGAAAUCUUAUGGGUGAUCUGUAGACUUUAACACAGCUCUGGGAAACUUGUAACAUAUUUAAAGCGGUAACUUCUGAUGUUAUGUAAGUUAAAAAACAAACAAGCAAACCACAAAACAUUAAAAAAAAAAAAAAAACCCUGAAAGAAAUGAGACCAAGCUAGAAAUUUUUUUUAUUAUUUUAACUUGAUGGCACAUCUCUGAUACUGUUGGGUUUCUCCUAAAUAAGUGGAGUAUUCAAAGAGCCUUCUUGAAAAAGCUACAGGUGACCUGUUGCAAAUAAUUCAUUUUUCCCAGUGCUGCCUUAACCAUAGCACUGGAAGUCUUCAUUUGAUAUAGUCCCCUUUCUGUGUAAUUCUGAUUUCAGUUUGUUUUCAUCUCACCCAGGCAGUUAGAUGUACUCAGUUGCUGAUUACAGUGUUCUUCAGGGCUGAGGUAUUGACUGUUUCUGUGCUUAAGAUGCUUUUCCUGUCAUGAUAAGCAUGUAAUAAGUAAACUCUUAUUUCCAGAACA